GGAAAUGAUCUGAAGAGAGGAGAGAAAGGAAGAGGAGAGAUGGGAGAGAAAAUUAUAACAGAUUGGAAGAGAGGAGAGAAAAGGAAAUGAUUGGAUGAGAGAGAAGAGAAGAAAAUCAUGACACAGGAACAGUUGAUAGGAGGACAACCAGAGAGAGAUCAGAUUAAAAACUUUAAAAACUUUUUUUUUUUUUUUUUUUGUAUUUUUCACAAAUAACUAAUUUUUUAAGUUGGUUUUGAGUUUACUUUUUAAAAAAGUAGUCCUAUCAAAUAAGAAUUAUUGACUUGAAACUCACAAACUGUAUUUAAGAUAAAAAAAAAAAAAAUUGGAUUUAAAUUGCAUAUGAAACAGGCUCCUAGAUUCCUCACACAAACAUAUUGAAAAGUGCUCACUAUAAAUAUUAGUAGUGUGCAUUCUGCAAACGCUGAGUCUGCAAUACAAAAAAAAUAGGCAUACAGAAAAUAGAGGAUGGAUACCAGAGAGGUACCUAAUAAGCCUCAUGCUGUUUGUAUUCCAGUUGCAGCUCAGAGCCACAUCAAGGCCAUGCUUCAAUUUGCAAAGCUUCUCCACCACAGAGGUUUUCAUAUCACCUUUGUCAACACAGUGUUCAACCACAAGCGCUUUCUUAGAUCUCUCGGCCCCAACUCCCUUGACGGCUUGCCUGAUUUUCGGUUCGAAGCCAUCCCAGAUGGCCUUCCUGAUUCAGAUGAAAAUGCCACCCAAGAUGUCGCUUUGCUUGCUGACUCUGUCAGAAAACAGAAUUUCUUGGCUCCCUUUCGUGCCCUCCUCAAUAAACUCAACAACGAUGCCUUAUCCACAUCCAACAAUCCAAGGGUGACUUACAUAAUUUCAGACGGUUUCAUGUCCACAUUCACAAUCACAGCUGCUGAAGAAAUUGGAGUCCCUAUAGUACUGUUCUACACUAUUGCUGCAUGCAGCUUCAUGGGCUUUAUACAACUUCGUGCUUUGGUCGAAAAAGGACUUGCACCACUUAAAGAUGAGAGUUGUUUGACAAAUGGCUAUUUGGACAAGGUUAUAGAUUGGAUUCCAGGAAUGAAGGGUAUCCGUUUGAAGGAUCUCCCAACCUUCCUUCGAACCACAAAUCCUAAUGACUUAUUUUUAAACUUCAUGAUGGAAUCAACAGAUAGAGCUCAUGAAGCUUCAGCAAUUAUUCUUCAUACUUUUGAUGCCUUGGAGCGAGAUGUUUUGGAUGCUCUGGCAUCUAUGCUUCCGCUUGUUUAUUCCAUUGGCCCUCUUCAAUUACAUCUCAACCAGAUACCAGAACAUCCCUUGAAUAUUGGAUACAGUCUAUGGAAAGAAGAGACUCAAUGCCUCGAGUGGCUAAAUAGUAAGGCGCCAAAUUCAGUUGUGUACGUGAAUUUUGGCAGUAUAACUGUUAUGACACCCGAACAUCUAGCUGAGUUUGGAUGGGGACUAGCAAACAGCAAGCUGCCUUUCUUCUGGGUAAUUAGACCCGAUGUGGUAAUUGGCGGAUCAGCGAUUUUGCCAUCAGAGUUUGUGGCUGAAACAAAAGAAAGAAGUUUAUUUGCAAGUUGGUGCCCACAAGAGCAUGUGCUGAACCAUCCAUCAGUUGGAGGAUUUUUAACACACAGCGGUUGGAGUUCAACCAUUGAGAGCCUGACUGCAGGAGUGCCUAUGCUCUGUUGGCCAUUCUUUUGCGACCAGCAAAUGGACUGCCGCUAUACUUGCAAUGAAUGGGGCAUUGGCAUGGAAAUCAAUAAUGACGUGAAGAGGGAUGAAGUAGAGAAGCUUGUUAGAGAGUUAAUGGAGGGGAAGAAGGCUAAGAAGAUGAAAAAUAAGGUCAUGGAGUUGAAGAAACUUGCAGAAGAAUCUACUAGUCCUCACGGUUCUUCAUCCAAGAACUUCGACAAUUUAGUAAAUCGUGUGCUAUUAAGGAAAAGCUAGAGGUCAGCUUUAACAAUAUUGUUAAGCUUUUGAUGUUUUUACAUUGUUGGCCACAGCCUUAAAUGAUAAUUAUCUGGCUAGCAAGAUGUGAGGAAGCAUGUACUGCAUUCCUAAAUGUUUUUUGGUUCAAUAACUAGUAAUAUGUUUAGCCUGCGACCACCAUCUUAAAUUCUGUCAAAUAAUAUCAUGUAUUAGUAAGUGGCUGUAACUCAAUUUGUUAAAAGCAUUUAUCUUUGCAUUUGAAA